CGCGAGAAUAGGCCGCUAGUGUCUUACAGGCCGCUAGCCCACCUAUUUCACACAGCGUGCUCGCCGGACCGUCCGGAGUCUGGGCCCGUGUGCGAGCUUCGCGAGACUUCACACACUCACGGUGUAUCCUCAUAAGUGCGAGAAUCCGGUCGCCGAGGCCUAAUUCACAUUUUUGGCAAGUUCUGCCUGUGAGCCAGCCACCAGUCGCCCGCCUCCCUGGUCUAAAAAACGGACGACAUGGCCUACUCGUCGUCCGACACGUCUGGAUCAGGCUCUGGCCGGAGCCGCAGCCUGAAACUGCAGCCGACCGCGACGGGUCCGAUGGACCUGAGCGAGUUCUACACCAACAAGGGCUACGUCUCGGAGACUUGGUGGAAGGACUAUUUUAUGACGGUUCUCGCAGCGUCAGCCCCCACGCCAUCGACGCGACGUCGUCGUGAUCCCACGCAGGUGAUGAACGACGUCGUCUGCGCCUCGUCGGUGGAGCAGCUCGAGGCCAAGAUCCCCAAGUACUUCGACCGCGACUACGUCCAGCACGUCGACGGCAAGACCAUCGGCUACGACGAGUUCGUCGAGCACAUGAAGGUCGUGCACGGCAAGAUAAAAGACGUGAGCGUCCGCUGGAAGGAGCUCCACGCCUACGCGUUCGCCAACGACGGGAAGCGCGAGACGCACAUCUUCAGCCACCACGUCGUUUCGUACAAGGACCGCGCGAGCGGCGCGGAGGGCUCCGCCGAGGUCUGCGGCCUCUUCAAGUGCGGCACGGACCUCAUCUUCGAAUGCAACGAGAUGACGACGGUGACGCACGGCGCCAUGGGCGCGGACCUCGGCUCGGCGACGGCGUGAGGCGCGUCCGUCCCCGAGACCCCAAGACCACUCCCAAGAUCCCCUCCCACCGGUUUUUGUAUAUAACCUCUAGUUUCCCA